CAAAAAUUGCCGGGAAAUCCGCUGCUGCCCUGUCAAAGAAGCUGCUGAACUCGAAGAUAAAUAUUUAUAUGUCUUCAGAUUAAACACAUUAUCGCGUUCCUGUUGGUUUCGUUUACGAUUCCGAGCCGAAAUGGACGAAUACGACGAGAUGUUCGGGAUAGAAGACGACUUCGAGGACCAGUUCGCCGACGAGCUGGACGCGCUGGCUCAGCUGGAAGAUGAAUCCUCGAAGCCGGAGAAACCCCAGAAGAAAGGAGACAACGUUUCUGACAUAGAGCUGCUGUAUGAUCAGCCCAUCACUCCAAAGGCAAAGCGGCAGAAGCAGGAAGCCGGAGUGGCCAAACGACUUUUCAACUCACUGCAGACUCCAGAGAGCAAAGCCCUGUCGCGGAGUGAUGACAUCACACCGCCGUCCUCUCCAGAGCAGUAUGAAACGCCCCGCAACCUCAGGUUGACUCCAGCUGAGUUGGACAUCAGCGGCUUCGUUUCCAUCCCGGAGACGCCACGGCGACCCGUCACAUCAGCGCCGGCCUCGCUGCAUGUGCUGCGGCGGCCUCCGUUAGAGGGAGACUACGUCAGCGUGACGGACUCGUCAGGGAGUCGAGUCUACGUCAGACAGAGAGACGACACAGAGAACAAGGUGGUGGACACUAGACUGGUUCCUAACUCCCAGGGUUCUCUGGGGCUGCUGGUGGUGCCAAUAGGAGUGUUGAGAGAACAAGAGGCAGAGAGGCGCCACCAGCAGGUUGUGGAAGAAUCUCAGCGUCUGACAGACCUGCUGACCAGCAGUGUGAACGACGUGAUUGUUGAGGCUGAGAGAGAAGAUGAAGAGAACGACGACCCUGAAGACGCUGAGGGCCGAGCCUCUCGACUCUGGGUGGACAGGUUCUCCCCCCGACACUACACAGAGCUGCUCAGUGACGAUUUUACCAACCGCUGUCUGCUCAAGUGGUUGAAACUUUGGGACACUGUCGUGUUUGGACGAGAGAGGAAGUCCCGCCCUCUCCGCUCUGACAGACAGCCUCCAAACCAGAACUCCUUCAAACCCAACCAGCCCAAUCAGCAUCCAAACCGCUUCAAGAGCAAGAUCGAGGUGACUGAGGAGCUCCUGGAGGCCGAACUGGACCAGCACCAACGACCCAAAUUCAAGGUGGCAUUGCUGUCUGGUCCUCCAGGUUUGGGGAAGACGACGCUGGCUCACGUCAUCGCAAAGCAUGCUGGGUACAAUGUGGUGGAAAUCAACGCCAGUGACGAUCGCAGCGCCGAGGUGUUCCAGAAACGCAUCGACACGGCGACGCAGAUGAAGUCGGUUUUGGGCGUCAACGAGCGGCCAAACUGCCUCAUUAUCGAUGAGAUCGAUGGAGCACCUGCGGCUGCCAUCAACAUCCUGUUGGCAACUCUGAACAGAAAAGAUGGAGGCGGCGGGGACGCUGGCACAGAGAGCGGCAAGAAGAAGAAGAAGAAGGAGUCUCUUCUGCUGCGACCAAUCAUCUGCAUCUGUAACGACCUUUAUGUUCCAGCUCUCAGGCCUCUCAGACAGCAGGCCUUCCUCCUGGUCUUCCCCCAGACUCAGCCGUCCCGCCUCGCACAGAGACUGGCAGAGAUUUCCGUCCAGCAGGGGAUGAAGACGGACACGGGGACUCUGAUGGUUCUGUGUGAGAAGACGGACAACGACAUCAGGUCGUGCAUCAACACGCUGCAGUUCCUUCACGGUCGCGGUCACAAGCGCGUGAACUCAAAGACCCUCCAGGGCGUCUCUGUGGGCCAGAAGGACCAGAACAAAGGCUUGUUCCACCUGUGGCAGGGGAUCUUCCAGCUGCAACGGGCAAAACGGAAGCGUAUCGGUGAAGGGUUCGAUGAGGCACCAGGCUCGGGAAGCGGAGCUCAGAGGUUUCAGCACAUUCUGCACUUGGCUUCCUCCAGUGGAGAAUAUGAGAAGGUUUCUCAGGGUCUGUAUGAUAACUACCUGUCCAUGCGUGUGAGGGACCCCAACAUGCACAGUGUGUGUGACGCUCUGGACUGGCUCUCCUUCUCCGACCGCCUGAAUCAAGUCAUUCUGCACGGGCAGAACUUCUCCCUGAUGAGAUACCUGCCCUUCCUGUCCGUCACCUUCCACUUCCUGUUUGCUCACACACACGUGCCCCGCAUCAGCUACCCGCACAGCCAGCACGAGGCGUCCUCCCGGCUCCUCAGCAGCAGGAACGCUCUGUCCACCAUGUUGGCCGACAUCCCAGCAUGCAUCAGGACGAGGAUCAGCCCGCUCUGCUUGUCUCUUGAUAUUCUCACGCUGCUCCUCGACAUCAUCUGUCCCAAGCUAAGGCCUGUGAACCCUCAGCUGUUCAGCAGCAGAGAGAAGGAGCAGAUGCACGAGCUGAUCGACACCAUGCUGGCCUACAACCUCUCAUACAGACAGGACCGCACGCCAGAGGGACAGUACACAUACAUGCUGGAGCCGCGUGUGGAGGAGGUGGUGAGGUUCCCGGGCCUUCCUCCGCGUCGCCAGCUGACGUACCAGGCCAAACAGACCAUCAGCAGAGAGAUGGAGCAGGAGAAGAUGAGGAGAGCUGAGCGUCUGAUGCUGCAGAGGAACCCUGCAGCGCAGCAGAAACAGGCUGAAAAACAGAACGCCGCUCCUAAAGCUCCCAGGAACCAUCAGCAGAGGCUGGAGAACAUCGUGAAGCAGACCACAGUGGAGGCCAGGCCCGAGGUGGAUUUCUUCGGUCGAACUGUUGCCCCCAAACCUCAGAAACUGCAGUCCACCUCAGAGACAGGUGAGAAGUGUCCGGUGGUUGCUAUGGGAACAGCGGUGGGAAACAGUGACGUGUGGUUCCGGUUCAAUGAAGGCAUGUCCAACGCUGUCAGACGAAAUGUUUACAUCAGAGAACUACUGUAACACACACACACACACACACACACACACACACACACACACACACACACACACACACACACAUAACUGCCUGUAUGUCUAAUGUAAGUGUCCUGAAUAAAUCCAAAAAUCCAGCUGUUAAAUUCAAAACAGUCUUUAUUUUGAUUGACAGUGUAAAGAGCCAAUAAAAACGUGUUGUUGAACAUUUCUCAGCAGUCCUUUUAAAACAAACAAACCUCUAGAAAGCUACUCAGUGCUGCACACUCACACACACACAGUAGUCUUCACAUAAAUUAAAAGCAUUCAGGAGUCUCCCAAUAAAUAAACAUGAUAAUAGCA